AUGUCCGAAUCCUUCGCCAUCCUCCGCCAACGCCGCUCCGACGAGCUAGCCAAGCUCGCCGAUGAGCACAUCCAACACGAUCUCCAACCCGGAGACCGCGACAAGCUCAAUGCAGCUGCAUCUUCAAUUUCCCUGUGGACAACAGUUGGCUCUGCAGUUGGUGUGAGUCUGGGUCUUCUUGCCGCUAUCCGACUACGCGGUUCGCGUAAGGCAUUCUUUUCUGCUAUUCGGGCACAGGAGAAGCCUACGAAGGUUGUUUUUGCGGAUGGGAGAACUGAGGCUAUUCCUGACCUUACGCCGCUGUUGAAGCCUACUACAUUGGGUGAUGUCGCGACUUAUUUCUUCGCCUCGGUCGGUGGAUUGCUUUUGGGUGGAGAGCUUGGCUUUGCUGGUGGUGUGGCGAAAGGGACGAGGACUAUCACUUCAGAUCCCGAGAGCAAAAAGAGAAUUGAAACUGCAUUCGGGAGAUUCCGGGCUGAUGUACUGCGAAAGCAGGCUGAUGCUUGGGAAAAAGGCGUACAUGAUUAUGCUUUGAUCUGA